UCUGGUUGAGGUUGAAGUUGAGAGGGAGCUAUAAGCAGGAGGAAACGGAGGAAGUCAGAUUCGAACGAACAAAGUCGAACAGUUGCGAAAAUGGCGGCCAAAAGUGGAGGUACUGAUGAAUGGUCAUCGAUAAUGAAACCAAUAUUGGCACUGUCGCACGGAUCACUCGACAAGAAUGAAAUCUUUGAUUUGGCAAAAAGCAUUGUUAGAAGUGGAAGUAAAUUCAUUUCUCAAGAAGAGCAUUACGAUGUCUUUUACACGUCUGUGGCAGCCCUAGCCGCGGAUUACCUCGGCAGUUGCGCCAGUACAUUUCCCAAGAGUCAGAUAUCAGUCGUUUGUCAAGCAUGUCGAAUCCUGCUUCUCCGUCUGGUAGACAAAUUGUCGCAGCAUCAAGUUCAACUGGGAAAUGGAACGGCGACCGUAUUAAGUACGAAACAGUUGUUACUCCCGAUUCGUGCUCUCUGCAUUGGGCAGUCUUUGCUUUCACCGGCGGAAGAGAUGGCUCUGAUCGCAUUGAUAAAAAAUUCGAAGAUACCACCGUACGUCAAAGCUCAGUCGCCCACGGGAAACGAGACGGAUCCCUCUCAGUCGUCGAAGGAUUCUGCGCGAAUUCGCGGCGAUUUGUCCGGUAGCAUAUUAGAGCAAUUGACCAUGCCGUUGCAAGACUUCGCCAUGUCCAUGCCCGUUGUCGUCGAGAACUUCAACGAGAGCAGCAGCAGCAGCAGCAGCACGAGCAAGACCGCGAACGAUAAUAUUGCCAACGAGACUCAUUCGGACACUAAGACGAUGUUCGUCACGAACAACAUAAACAUUCUUCGAGGUUUAGGUGCCGGGGACAUUCUUCUAGACAUAUGUUUGAACCUUCCCCACUUGUCGUGCUACACACGUAAAUAUCAAGCGUACUUGCACAAGAAAAGUUUCGCUUUGCCCGUGAACGCUUCCGACGCACACGCGAUACGUCAUAAUUUACACUCCGUUUCGAAUGACAUCAACAUCGUUCACAACGCGUUGUCUUUGCCCCUGUUGGAACCAUUGACUCCGACCAAAUUGGAAAAAUUAUCGUUACUCACCAUGUCGUGUCUUUACUGCUCCAUCGUCUACGCUAUUGCGUCCAGUAUCGUUGGAAUAACGAACGCCGUUUCACCGAAGUGCAGCACGAACACGUACGCCGCCGCACAGUCCUCGCACAGUGUUAAAAGUGGCGAGGAAGAUUACGACAGUCUGGCCAUUACGGUCGUUGAGAAGAGUCUGGAGAUAUUCGGGCUGGUUUCGAACGCGAUCAAGAACAGCACGCGAGCCGGUGGUCACAUUCUCCAAAAUCAUCUAUUGAUCGGAGUGUGGCUACUGGUAGCUGGCUUGCAAGCACAACUGACUGUGAGCGGUUUCAGCGCCGCGGACAAGGGAAAAGAGGAGAAAGGAAAAUCUCCUAGCAAAGCGCGGGACGGAACGAUACGCGUUAACGUCAUGAAAAUCCAACAGGGUUUCGGAGUACUAUCCGUGGCUUUGGCCUCUCACGCGCUCACGUUGAUGAGCGCUUUGUUGGAGGACGUGUCGAUCGAAGCGACUGCGGACAGUUCGGCUCCGCCAGAACCGGCACCAUUGGACAUACUGUCCACGGCUACUGCGCUUCAACGGGCGGUCACUUUUCUGCAAGCUGUACCGCUGAAUCAUCUUCUGUUCUACUUGGCCACUAUCAGUUACAGAAGGGCAUGCACCUUGAAACGAAUACAGAAGCAUCCGUUCGAAGGUGACGCUCUGAGUCAGUCCGAUUCUACGACUUACUACGAAGAUCUGUUGAGCUGCUCGGACAAUUCCACCGACGAAGAAGAGGACAGCGAACCUAUUCUGGGCUUAUGGUUCGAGGAGACACUCGCUCCGUCCGACGGAUCGCCAGCGAACGGUGCGAAAGAAUCGAACAAUGAAAUCAGCGCCGAGCGAACCGUGACUACCAUCGUCCCGGAUAAUCGUGAACCACACGGAUACAUAUCGCUGGCUACGAAAAUUUUUCAAUUCAUGAAUCAACAUUUAAUCGGCAGCAGAAGCUCGUACGUUCGCGAGUACGUGGUGAACGGUCUGGUCGAACAACAGAUGGUCAUAUUGGCAGCGAUAAUCAGGGAUCUAGAUCACGAGACGGCUAGGACGGAGACCGGCACUAUAUCCGUCUUCUACGGAGCCACGCUGGGCGCCAUGUAUUCCGAGUUUUCCCAAGCUCUGAGUCGUUACACUCACAACUUACUCGCUCGGAACACGUUGAGCGAGAGUUUGCAAAAUACUCUUCUGCAGCAUCUGGGCGUGAAUCCUUGGUCCGUGACGGAGAGUACGACUUCGUGCACUUGGCCCCUUCAAGUUUAUCCGAGAACGCUGAGCGUCCUGGCACAGGUACUUCUGCUGAAGCCGCAGUCAGAGAAAGAAGCAGCUUGCAUAAGUAUAUGGCAUCGUUUGAUCACGACUUUGGUGGAGAACGUGUGCAAUCCACCCGCGACGUUCGAGGCAGAGAACGAAGAUUUGAACGUCGAACAUGCCCAGCUGGUCUUGAUUCUGUUCCAUUCUCUCAAUUUGAUGCAAAAGAAAUCGGUGCUGCUCGUGACCGGUAGCGGAGCUGUACGUUGCAGCGAAGCCGUGAAGACACCGAUGAAAGAUUCUCAGAUACUACAUUUGUCGCGGUUACUGCUGUUGCUCGAAUACAUGAUGAAACAUCUCUACGACGCUCCUCCAGCGUUACUCGAGCAAGUUCAGUGGAAUCUGUUCUCUGCCACGAGUUUGGUGUCCGACGCGAAGGAUGGAAAUAAACAAACGGCUCGCAUUUUCACUCCAUGGACAGGGAUCGAGGAGAAUUAUCGUAAGAUCGGUAAUCAAGACGAAUUUUCGAUGAAGCCCAGAUUUUACAAUCUCUCCACCACGGACUUCAACAACCAAGACACACCGAAAUUGGACGGACUGGCCUGCAAUUUCAUUUUGGGUGCUCCGGAUAAAAUGAAGUAUCCACUUUUGGUCGACGCGUUGAUAGACAUCCUGAACGUUCUGAAUCAAGCGGAUCUGCAACAGAGAAACAGUACCGACGGCAAAGACAAGGCACCUACUUUCAUCGGAUUGUGCGCGAUCCGUUAUUGUUUCUCAAUAUGUUGGCGAUUAUUGCUGAUGUUGCCCCCGUCUACGCCGUACAUGGACAAACUAGCCCUCGGCGAGGAGAUCCCCGCUGGUCCGAUGUUACUUUAUUCUUUGAUCUGGGGACCCAGAGCCGCGUACAAGACUUUCACCGGUUGGAUGAAGGACUGUCUCGUCAGGCAGGGAAUGUAUACGCAGUACGCGAAGAACCUCCUGAGAACUGUAUCGUCUACCGUGAACACGUUGAAGUACGACGUCACCGUCGCGAAGAAUUGUAUCACCGCGCUCAGACCGGAGACCAAUUUUCCGAACAGGAUAAUACCGGAGAACGCGCUGCCGCGGCUCAGUUCGUUGUGCAUUUUGGCUGCGGUCAUUGGCAAACUGCAGAUUCUUUUCUACGAGAGUGUGUCGAGGAGUCGAAGCGACGGUAUCGAGAGUUCGAAGAACGCGCAGACCUCCGAUUCUGCUGGUACGAACGCGAACAAGAUGGUCAGCAUUUUGCCGCACGUUCUCUCGUUGACCGAGGCGAUUCUAUGCUCGUGUCGAUCGAGCACGUUACACGAGAUGUUCGAGUCAUUGGAACAAGACCGUAGUUACGGUCCACGGGAUUACUCUAUACUGAACGACACCGUUGCCGUCGAUAUCCUGUUCGCGUAUUUACCGAACUCGAUAAAAUCGGUGCUUGACAAGUGGAAGUCAAUAAACGUCGUUCACAUCUCAUGGAACACGUACGCAAACGAUAUCAUACCGGCCGAGAGUUACAUUUUGGCGACCGUGUGCCAGCACGUGAGCUCGCUGUCUUAUCCGACGUUCUCCGUCGAUCCGUCGCUGAAGAAGUUGUUACACAAUUUAGUCACAUUCAUAGUGGAAUACGUGACUCCUACGACCGCACCGGAGAACAGCGACGUACGUACGCAAGCCGUGGACAUACUCGUCGCGUUAUCCAUGGACGCUCGUACGGAUUACCUGCAGGACAUGGCCAACAAGGCACUGACGAAACUACUGGGCGAUGACGACAGCGAAGCGCGCCAGUUGAAAGAACACCUUUUCGUGUUGCAUCACACGUACAGUUUAAUAAUCGAGUAUACGAACGACGCUGCUCAAGAUCCCGUGAACAUCGUGGUCGACGAAAAGAUCUUGGAACGAUGCAUCAAAUAUUGGGAGCUGUUGCUGGAGAAGCCGGUCGGUUGCAAAGCGUUGGACUUGUUCUUUGCGCCGAACACCGAUCGAUCUCUCGUCUCCGUCCUGCUGUGCAUAACGUCUCCGCAGUCCUCGCAACAGUUCGCUACUCACGUUUUAAGAUUCUUCAAUAUGCUGUUCAAAACGGCUGAGAAAGGAACCGACGGAUCGUUGGAACGUCUCUGCGGCCUGGUUUCGAAUCUAGCCCAUGUGGAGACGGACAAGUUGCAAGUAUGGCUAAAGCAGAUCAUUCUGGGAGCGACGUCCGUUUCCCCGAGCGCAUCCUCGAUGAACGUACAGACACCUACGACGUCGACGUCGACCACGAACGCGUUGGUCGCCGUCGUCAACACCGGCGGCGAGGAUACACAGAAACCGGAGGAGACUAAUAACGUGCCAAACAACGAGCAGGAUCGAUGGUUGAUUUUGUCGCCGUACGAUUCGGCUGGUAACAAUCAAUCGACGAGCAUUACCGACGAUCAACAGCAGCAGCAGCAGCAACAGCAGCAACAGCAGCAGCAGCAGCAGCAGCAACAACAACAACAACAACAACAACAACAGCAGCAGCAGCAGCAGCAGCAACAACAGCAGCAGCAGCUCCAACAGCAGCAUUCUAUACACGAGAACAGUCGUCUUCUUCGGGCGCUCACGAAUUACAUAGUCAAGGAGAAGAGCGUCGACGAGUCUGUACCGGUGACGAUUCUUCGAGCUCUCAUACCGUUGGCAUAUCACAUCCUCUCCCCUAAGAUCGAGGGCAACGGGUUCGCAGAAUUGAUGAACGUCAUGUCCACGUUGGCCGACGCCGGUUCCGAGAAGGGGCACGCGUUGCUGUUCAAGGCCGCGAUCGAAUGGAUCGAAUUGUGCAAGGAGCAAUUGAUCAGCAAGGAUCUUCAGACCUUGGACAAGCCUCUGCCGUUCGUCGAGGCCGGCUGCUGUAUAUUGAAUUACAUCGCGGACGUCGUGAGCGCGCUCUGCCCUCAGCCGAGCGGUCAGUCGCAGGAUCGAGCGACGAGUCCGCCGUGGGAAGGCGUGACUCCGGUGAACGACGUGAACGACAGCGAUUGGAUAGACGAGAUGCCGCACGAAGACGAGGACAGCGCCGCGGAGGACUCCGACGACGACAGCUUGUGCAACAAGCUGUGCACGUUCACCAUCACGCUGAAAGAAUUCAUGAACCAGCAUUGGUACCAUUGCCACACGUGCAACAUGGUGAACGGAGUCGGCGUGUGCACGGUGUGCGCUCGCGUCUGUCACCGCGGACAUGACGUCACCUACGCGAAGUACGGGAAUUUCUUUUGCGACUGCGGCGCCAAGAACGACGGCUUCUGUCAAGCUCUGACCAAACGGAGUCCCCAGUCGUCGGAACAUCAGAGUAACAACGCGGGUGGCGUCGGUACCACCGGGACCGCGGCGGUGGUCGCGUCGACCAGCGCAGCCGCCGGCACGAGUUACGAGAACCUCGUGGCUGGGAGCUCGUCCGGGACCGAGAACCGUGACCUUCUUCUGACAAGUAGCCUGCGUCGGAGAACGUCGAGUCCCCUGUACUUCUCCGACAAGCAAGAGAGACAGGGACGCGACAAACAGAGACACGCGUGUUUGACCAAACAGUUGGAACCGUCGAAGGAUUGGAUACAGGGUCAUCUCUGGAAGAGCGGUUUGGUGUCGUCGCUGGUAGACCUGGCUCGGGCACUGGUACCGGCCGUGGACGCCUCCUGCAAAAAGAACUCGGCCGUCGGUUGCCACGCGCGCGCUCAAACGGCGCUUGAACAGUUGCACACGCUGGAAAAGAAGUUCGAGUAUACCGAUCAGCUGAUGUUGCCUACGCUGGGAUCGCAGGAAGGAGCGUUUGAGAACGUUCGAAUGAACUAUUCCGGAGACCAGGGUCAGACCAUCAGGCAGCUGCUGUCGGCGCACAUGAUACGCCGCGUCGCUAUGUGUUGCCUCUCGUCUCCGCACGGAAAGAGGCAACAUUUGGCGGUCUCGCACGAGAAAGGAAAGAUAACGGUGUUGCAGCUGAGCGCUCUGUUGAAACAGUCCGAGUCGUCCAAGAGGAAGUUGACGUUGAUGAGACUCGCUUCCGCCCCGGUACCCUUCACCGUGCUCUCGCUGACCGGUAACCCGUGGAACGAAGACUUUUUGGCAGUCUGCGGUUUCAAAGAUUGCCACGUGCUGACCUUCAACACGUCCGGGACGGUCUCCGAUCAUUUGGUGCUGCAUCCUCAGUUGGAGACUGGUAACUUCAUCAUAAAAGCGAUCUGGUUGCCUGGGUCUCAGACUCAGCUGGCGUUGGUCACCGCGGACUUCGUUCAGAUCUACGAUCUCGGAAAGGACGCCCUGUGCCCGCUCUAUUACUUCUUAGUGACGACGGGAAAGAUAAGGGACUGCACGUUCGUGCACACGGAGGACGGCGUUUUUUACUUGUUGAUUAUGUCCUCGGCUGGGUACAUCUACUGGCAAGCGUUGGACGAGGUCAGUUCAGCGAAAUACGGGCCGUUCUACGUGACGAACACCCUAGAGGUGCAUCAUCCGGAGAUAAGAGAUAACGGCCAGGUCGGCGGUGGAGGCGUGUCCAUCUAUUACUCGCACGCGUUGCAACUACUUUUCUUCAGUUAUGCGUGCGGCAAGAGUUUCAUCGCGCCUCUCAAAUACAUGGACUCCAACGUGACGACCGUGUUCCAGAUCAAUCUCUCCGGUAACAAGAGCUCGAACGGAAACAAAUCGAACAACAAUCAGCCGCAGCCGUUGUGUCAGUGGAGCGAAGUGACCAAUCAUCCCGGACUGAUCUGUUCGGUGUUGCAGACAAGUAACAAUCUCGUGAUACUAAUGAUCAAGCCCGACAGUGUGAUGGUCCAAGAGAUCAAAGCUAUUCCCGCGAAAGCUAAAAUAAUGGACAUGGUCGUUAUAAGACAUCCGAGUUCGAACGCCGAAUACCGCACUACCUUAAUUCUGUUGUGCGAGGACGGAAGCCUGAGAAUCUACAUGGCCGGGAUGGAGCAGACCGGAUACUGGAUGUCUCCCACGGUUCAACCGAUAGGCACGAUGACGACCGUUAAACCAGCGCGGAAGAAGAAAACUGUGAAGACGGGGAAACCGUCGGGAUCCGUCACUUUCCCCAUCGAUUUCUUUGAAUAUUGCCAAGUGAUGAACGACGUGGAAUUCGGUGGUAACGACUUACUCCAAAUUUACAACGUCGCACAGAUCAAACACAGACUGAACACAACCGGGAUGUACGUUGCCUCCACGAAAACGAUGGGAUUCAGCGUCGAAGUUACCAACAACGAUCCCGUUUUGGUCAUGACAGGCAUCAGAGUGCUGCUCGGAAAUCAAGACGUCCAAAGGGCUCCGGUCUACAUAGAGGUGUUCGGCAGGAGCAUUCGUACGACACUCAGCAGAAGUCGUUGGUUCGACAUACCGUUGACUCGGGAGGAGAGUCUUCAAGCCGAUAAAAAGUUAACCGUCACGUUUGGAAUGUCUCAGGACCCGGAAGGUGUCAUUAUGGUGGACUGCAUCAAAAUAUACGGUAAAACGAAGGACGCGUUCGGUUGGCCCGAGGAAAUCGAAGACGUACCGACGGGACAGUCGACGUCCGCGCCAGUGACCACCACCGUCAACAGCGAGACUGACAGUGUUCUCUCUGCACCCACGUCCUUGUCCUCCGUUGACAGCACGACGAAGGACAGUUCCCUUGGUAUCGAAAGAAUGGUCGCGGCCGUAUUAGAAGUGUUGGAAUUGUCUUUCAACGUACCGACGAGCGACGAGAACAAGCAGCCGUUGAAAGCGACAGCGAUCGACGUUGCGUCGCAACUGCUCACAUUACCGACUCCGCCACCGGUGCAAAUGCACACGACCGCGCUUCUAGCCGCUUUGCACUCGUCCAAGCAAGCGUAUCACCUGCACAAGGACCACGUACUAUUGUCGCACGUGCUGGAUUCGUUGAAAUCGAUGAGAGAACUUAAGGAUGUGCGAGACAUCGACGCGGAGAACUUUUACAGAUUAGUACUCGUUGUUCGAAGCAUAUCUAUAUCGAGACCGCAGAAUCUUGCCAAGUUCACCGACCAGUACACGAACAAGCCGAUAGACGAGACCAACGUACCGAUCUUCGAGAAGGAUCGUCGAGCUGCCGCUGUUCAAUCCCGAAAGGGUGUCGACGAGAGUAAACAACACUUGGUCGUCCAGCUCAUGGAAAUAUUGUGGGCCUUACACGUGGCUUACCCGGAGAACAUGGCCCUCGCACCGGUCGUAGUUCCUGGAUUGACUCACGCCGAAGGAACAAUUCAUGCGAUGGUCGAAAUAAUUCAUGCGUUUACCACGUGCGACGUAGAGAAGAACGUUCCGUUGGCUGCUAAAUUGUACCUUCAAUUAUUACUGUCGUCCGACACGACGGUCAGCUUUACCGCGAAACAGGCGAUCGUCCGCAUACUGCGUCCGAGGUACAAGAGAAGAAGAGUGUACAUACCGAGUCCGCCGAACUGUAGCACCCCAGGUGCGGCGAUGGACGCGGAGGAAAAGUCGUUGCAACCGCACCGAGAGUUGGCAACGACCGCAGCGACAGCGGUAGCAGCGACGUCGUCGUCGACCGUGGACCGGGGGGAAGCGGAACAACGUCUGGACGUCGAGUCGAUGUGUUCGGUGGUCGAUUCUUUGUCGGUAAUGUUGGCUGCGGACAGUAGUCAAGGUUCGGCCAGUUCUACGGCUGGUGCAACGUCGGCUACGACGACGACGACGACGAGUAGGAAUCCUGGUGGUAGUACCAGCGGCGGCGCCGCCAGUGGUAGUGGUAGUAGUAGCAGUGGAUCGCGAGGAGCGGUGAAUCCGUUGGAAACCAUGCUCGGUUCGGGCAGUUUCCCGCAGAUAUUGGACGUGCCGCCAGACACCGACGACGACACGAUGGUGGAAUUGGCGAUCGCGCUCAGCUUGCAAGAUCACGAAGGGGGUAACGCAGAUUUGCUGCGACAAGGGUUCCAGCAGAGUCUCUCGAACUUGCAAGGAUUGGAAACUCUUCAAAAUCUAAACGGAUCGACGUUGCAAAGUCUGCAGGCGUUGGCGGCGCAAGGUUUGGUUCAAGUGCAAGGUACAAGUCAGAGUCAAGAAGGCGGAGGUCAUUAUUCGGACACGACCGCCUCUGCCGGAGGCUCGGAUGACGAGGGAUCGACCGCUGCCACAGACGGAAGUACUCUACGGACGUCGCCAGCGGAACAAGGUGGUAGUGGUGGUAGCAAAGGUAGCGAAAGCGGUGGAAGCGAGAGCGGCGGGAGCGCUGUAGACAGCAUGACGGGGGAGCAUAAUGUGUCGGGAAGGAGCUCCGCGUACGGAGACAAUGGUCCCGAUUCUAUACCUCCGAUCGGAGGAAUUGGAGUCAACCAAGCGCCACGAUCUGAAACUAAUUCCGUGGGUCUUCCCGCGGCUUUCACCGUCGCCGAACGAGAGGAAGGCACCGAGCAAGAACAAACCGCCGAGCAAGAGAACGACACGAGCAGCGAGACCACCGCCAAGUUGCACACCGUGCGGCUGCUGUUGCUCGACAAACUCAUGCAAUUCGUCCCGGCUCUGACGAACGUGCCCGGUGUUCUGACCAUUCCGUUUAUGCAGGUUCUACUGAUAUUGACUGCCGACUUGGACGGCCAGGAGGACAGAGACAAAGCCUGCGUCGAACGACUAUUACGAGUGUUGACGAGAGAAUUGGAAAUGGACAAACCGGAUACGACCAACGUGUGCCAACGUAGUAACAAGCGGGAGGUUCACUUGGUCAUCAUGCGAUUGCUGAGCGUUCUGAUGUCGCGAUCGAAACAUACCACUAAGACGCAAGCGGAGAAUUCGAACUUUAUCUCUCAAAUGGCCGCUUCGAUACUCGGAAAGGCUGGAGUGAUCGACUAUUGUUUGACGUUACUGAAAGCAUUGUUGGAAUAUUGGAAGACCACAUCGAACGAGGAAACUGGUACCGUUCUCGGUGGUCAACUGCUCAAAGAACACGUCACGACGUCUUUGCCGGACAUGUCGCCGCUCUUCUUGCGGCAGCACGUCAAGGGACACGCUGGCGAUAUAUUUGAACCUUAUCCGCAAUUGUUGACGGAAAUGGUGUUACGACUACCUUACCAAGUGCAUAAGUACACCGAGACCAGCUCGAUACAGUCGGCGUUUGAGCAACCGUGGUACUUUUAUCUCUGCGAGUACAUGAUGUCCUACCAGACGCCACUCGUCAGGAGACAAGUACGGAAAUUACUGCUCUUCAUCUGCGGUAACAAGGAGAAGUACAGGCAACUUCGCGACUUACACGCUUUGAUCUCACACGUUCAGUCGGUGCAACAAUGCUGCACCGCUGGCGGAUUCGAGCCUGUCCGACCACGCUCCCCGCACUCCAUCAGCCUACCAUACGAUUCUCUGGUCGACCUGAUCGAACACUUGAAAUGCUGCGUCGAGAUAGCUACCAGCCGCACGGGAAAUUGGCAACGAUUCUGUUUGAAACAGAACACGGUGCUGUCUUACCUGUUUACCGUGUCGACGCUCUUGGACGAAGGCGUUAGCCCUACGGUGCUGCAACUUUUACAAUGCGCCAUAUGCUCGAGCAGUAAAUCGAAGGAGGCGAGAGACUCCAAGUCGAAGGACGCGAAAUCGGGGAGCGCGGGAUCGAAGGAGAGACGGGAGCGCGAGAAGUCCGAAGAUUCCGACACCGAGGCCAAGUUCGAAGAGGCCCAGUGCUUGGCUCUGGUCGAACAGAUCCAAGAGCAAGUCGCGCCGAGCCUGUUGAUGAAAUUCAUCCAAACCUUCCUGCUCGAGACGAACAACACGAACGUCAGGUGGCAGGCGCACUCUUUGAUAUUGGCUAUUUACAAAAAUUGCAGCCCGGCCGAUCAGGAGGUCCUGCUCGACCUGUUGUGGCGUUUGUGGCCUCUGUUGCCCGCCUACGGUCGUAAAGCGGCGCAGUUCGUCGACCUGCUCGGAUACUUCUCGCUGAAGACGCCGCACGCGGGCAACAAGAUGCACUCGUACAUGGAGCAAGCGGUCACCGUGCUACGCGCACAAAAUCAGCUGCUGGCGCGGCAUCCGAACGCGAAUCUCUACGCGAACCUCGCGCAGUUCGUCGAGUUGGACGGGUAUUACUUGGAGAGCGAACCGUGCUUGGUCUGCAACAAUCCCGAGGUCCCAAUGUCUACGAUCAAACUGUCGUCGAUCAAGGUCGACUCGAAGUUCACGACGACCACGCAGAUCGUGAAACUGAUUGGCAGCCACACGAUCAGUCGUAUCACUCUUCGCAUAGGUGAUUUGAAGAGAACGAAGAUGGUGCGCACGAUCAAUAUAUAUUACAACAAUCGUUCGGUUCAGGCCGUGGUCGAGCUGAAGAACAAGCCGGCGAUGUGGCACAAAGCGAAGAAGAUCACGUUGGCCCAGGGGCAGACGGAGAUAAAAAUGGAAUUCCCGUUGCCGAUCAUCGCUUGCAAUCUAAUGAUCGAGUACGCGGACUUUUACGAGGACAUCCAGGCCUCUUCCGAGACGUUGCAGUGUCCGCGAUGCUCCGCUAACGUGCCCGCGAAUCCCGGCGUUUGCGCGAACUGCGGCGAGAACGUGUUCCAGUGCCACAAGUGUCGAGCAAUCAACUACGACGAGAAGGACCCGUUCCUCUGUCACGCCUGUGGCUUCUGUAAGUACGCCAAGUUCGACUACACGCUCACCGCGAGGCCGUGCUGCGCGGUCGACCCCAUCGAGAGCGACGACGACCGCAAGAAGACGGUGGCGACGAUCAACACCUUGCUCGAGAAAGCCGACAGGGUGUACAAGACCCUGAUCUCGAACAAGCCUACCUUGGAAAUGCUGUUGGUCAAGAUAUCGGAGCAUCGUCUGGAUCGCGGCUUGGCGGAGGACGGAGCAGCCGCUGCUGCCGCGACGACAGCGUCCGCUAUACAGGUGUCGAGCGGAAGUACUCAAGUGAACAGGGCUAUACAGUUACUCGCUCAGAGAUACUGCGGCGAGUGUAAAACGUCGUUCGAGGAGCUGAGCAAGAUCAUACAGAGAGUGUUGGCGUGUCGACGGGAGCUCGUGGCGUACGAUCGGCAACAGCGAGGGCAGACCAUCGCUGCGUGUUCAUCCAGCAACGAUUCGUCGUCCGUUGCCACCGCUGCCAAGAUGGAAUCAGCGGGAACGACGAUCGCUUCGAGGCAGACGUUACCACCGGCGACUACGACCAGCACCACUAUCGUUGCGGCGUCUCAGCUACCGGCUGUAAACGCGCAAACGACGGGACGUUGCUACGGAUGCGCCACAGCAGCCACGGAACACUGUCUGACUUUGCUACGUGCUCUCGCCACCAAUUCGGUUGCCAAAGAGGUCCUGUGCAAACAGGGAUUGAUCCAGGAGUUGGUAGAGCACAACCUGCGCAAGGGCACCGUGCAGAUGCAGGAAGAGGUCCGACAAUUACUCUGCCUCGUUACCAGGGACAACGCUCAGUCAACGAAAGAGCUCUGCGCCCUGUUGACCAGUCGAAUCACUCUGACGCUCCGCGGUCGCGUCGCCACGUCCGAUCUGUCGUUGGCCGUGCGUCACGAAAUGGCAUUGUUGGCCGCUCUGAUUCAGAAGGAGGAUUCGUGCUGGGAGCAGAAGUUACGAUGCGUCAUGCAACUGUUCUUGAUGGCGUGCAAAGAAUCGAAGAGCCCCGUCGUGAUGGAGAGCAUAAUACUGCCGUGUCUGAAGAUACUGCAGGGAUUGGUGAAACCGGAGCAGCCGGUCUCGUCGAAGAAGACCAAGGAGAAGAGCGUCGAAUCGUUGGCCAGCGUUCAACCGGCCGAAGGUGUCACCGUAGACGUGAGCAAGUGGCUGAGCGGUGACCCGAAACAUUCGUACUCCGAUUGGAUCCGUCGUAUGCCCGCGAAGAAGACGGAGCAAUCGUCGGUGUCGGGGAAGACGUUGAAAAAGGAGGAGGUUCGAGCCCUUUAUUUGACGGAGAAGUACGGACACCGAUGGCACAAUCGAUGCACCAGGCAGCGUGGUGUUCAACCGUUGAAGUUAACGGACGGCGCGUGGUUAAAGGAAGUGUUGUUCAAUCCGAGUUCACGGCUCGCGCGGCAGGUCGCCUGUAACAUGAUCGAGAGCCUCUGUCAAGGAACCGAACGAAAGAAAGAGGUGCUCGUGCUGCUGACCUGCUAUCUGGAAGAAUUGAGAACGGCCGGCGAGAGUAGCACGGAGUUUCUCACCCUGUAUCAAAGUUUGAUCAGGCAACCACCGUGGAAACAAUUCUUGGCCGUCCGAGGCGUGAUGACUCUGCUCGCGGAUCUGUUAACGAGAGAGAUCGAAGAGCUUCAUCGACUCGAAGAGACGACUUUGACCAGCGAUCUGGCACAGGGCUACUCCCUGAAAAUGCUCACGGAACUGAUGGCGACGUUUCUUGAACAAGAGAACAUUAAACAGCAGUACAAGGGCCGUUUGGUCGGCGCCGUGCUCAACGGUUAUCUGUCUCUGAGGAGGCUAGUCGUUCAACGGACGAGACUGAUCGACGACACGCAGAAGAAACUACUGGAGCUUCUCGAGGAGAUGACUACCGGCACCGAGGAGGAAACGAAAGCUUUCAUGGCGAUCUGCGUGGAAACGGUGCAGAAGUACAGCGUGGAGGACGUUCGCACGCCGGUGUUCAUCUUCGAGAGGCUGUGCUCGAUCAUCUAUCCGGAAGAGAACGACGUUGGUGAAUUCUAUCUGACCCUCGAGAAAGACUCGCAGCAAGAAGAUUUCCUUCAAGGCAGAAUGUUGGGGAAUCCGUACAGCAGUUUGGAGCCCGGCCUGGGACCGCUGAUGCGAGACGUAAAGAACAAAAUUUGUCUUGACUGCGAGUUGAUCGCUCUGCUGGAGGACGACAACGGAAUGGAACUUUUGGUCAACAACAAGAUCAUCAGUCUCGAUCUGCCCGUGAAAGAAGUGUACAAGAAGAUCUGGGUGCCGGAAGGCGGGGAAUGCGACGCUAUGCGCGUGGUUUACCGUAUGCGCGGACUACUCGGCGACGCCACGGAGGAGUUCGUUGAGAGUCUGAACGCGAACAGCGAGCAAGAGGUGAACAACGAGGAAGUGUACAAAAUGGCGAACGUCCUGGCUGAUUGCGGUGGUCUUCAGGUGAUGGUGAACAGACUGGCAGCUAUACAGGACGUGAACCGUGCCAGACCGUUGCUGCAAGUCCUCCUGAAAUUGUUCCGGCUCUCGGUGAAGGUGAAAAAGAAUCAAGAGGUUCUGAGUAAAUUGGGAGCGGUCACGGUGUUCCUCGAUGUUCUCCAACGUUGUCUCGCCACCGAAGAGAACUGGCAGGCGAAGAUAAUUGAACAGCUGUUGGAGAUCAUGGAGGCGAUCUUGACGCACGCGUCGAUGACCACGCUCGAGGCGUUCUCGCGUACAUUGAGCGGACCCGAGCACAUAAAGGCGCUUCUCUCCUGCGCUCAAUCGACCGCUGUCAGGCAGAGCAAUCUGUUGCCGCAGCUUGCGCGCGUCUUAGCUGCCCUCACGUACGGCGAUCAAGAGAAGAUGGCUCUCCUCUGUAAUUAUUUCAAGCCUGUGCUGGACUUUUACGAGUUCGAUCAGGAGCACACGCCGGAGGACGACCAGAAGAUGGAACUGUUCUGCAUCCUCACGCAGGCCAUAGAACGGAACGCGAUCGGUAAUACUCUGAAGGAUUAUAUCAUAAGCAUGGGAAUCGUGAAGGACGCUUUCGAGUACAUAACCGUGCGCGCCCCUUGCCUGAAGCCGACGCUGCUGCGAACCGACAGCGACGAACUGAAGGAUUACAUUUCGAAGCCAGCCCUCAAGUACAUCCUGCGAUUCCUCACCGGUCUGGCAACGGAUCACAAACCGACGCAGCUGGCCGUCUCACAGUUCACCAUCAGCAUAAUACACAGGCUGGAGCAGGUGUCGUCGGACGAUCACGUCGGAUCGUUGGCGGAGAACUUGUUGGAAGCUCUGUGCACGAACAAACGCGUCGCCGAACUGAUCGAGAAGGCACGGCAGCACACGCGCAGCGAGAAGAAACGUUUGGCGAUGGCAAUGCGAGAGAGACAGCUGGGCGCAUUGGGCAUGCAGACCAACGACAAGGGUCAAGUGAUGGCCAGCGGGGCGAUACUUCAACAGAUGGAAGAUCUCGGCGAUGAGACGGGAUUAGUUUGCGUCAUUUGCCGCGAGGGAUACAAGUUCAAACCAAACAUGGUUCUGGCCAUAUACACGUUCUCGAAACGCUGCAACGUCGAAGAAUUCGAGACGAAACAACGGAAAACGGUCGGCUACACGACGGUCACGCAUUUCAACGUCGUGCACGUGGACUGCCACAUGUCCGCAGUGAGACUGGCGCGCGGCAGGGACGAGUGGGAGAGCGCAGCGUUGCAAAACGCGAACACCAAGUGCAACGGUCUAUUACCGUUGUGGGGACCUCAAGUGUUAGAAUCCGCUUUCGCCAGCUGCUUGGCGAGACACAACACUUAUCUGCAAGAGUGUACCAGCCAUCGCGACAUAUCUUAUCCUUCGACGGUCCACGACUUGAAGCUGCUGUUGUUGCGAUUCGCCCAGGAGAAGAGCUUCCACGAAGACAGCGGCGGAGGCGGCCCCCAGUCGAACAUGCACUUGAUCCCUUAUCUGAUUCACACGGCACUCUACGUGAUCAACACCACACGUGCCGACGCGCGAGCGGAUAAGACGUUGCUCAGCUACUUAGAAGCACCACCGCGUUCCAGCUGGCUCGACAGUUGCUACGAGGCAGAGGGACCUUUCUACCAGUGCACCAUGUCCCUCUUGCUCCACUCGCCCGCCCGCUGGAAAACCUACAGGGUCACACAUCUGAACAGACUGAUCGUCUGCGCCCAUCAACGAUACGUUUCACAGUCGGGUCCCACGAAAACCAUUGCCGACGCUACGGUGAAACACUACGCCGUGUACAAGAGCGCCUUGAUCUUCUUCGGACUAGUCGAUUGUAUUUAUGCAAAUUUCUUUAAGAAGGUCAACGUAUUGUCGGACGAUCAAUGGCCGACGGUCCUAGCCGAGUACAUCAGACACAACGACGAAGCCAUGUUGAAAGCCUCGGAACGUGUACUCGCUGCUUAUCGUGACGAAUUGUUACUUUGUACAUCUUUCGAAGAGUUUUGCGACGUUGCCGGCUUGCUCGAGGAGAUAACGAGUCCUACGUACAUGAGCGACUUACUGCUACGAUUCGCUUGAAUGAACAUGAAAAAUGAUCUGUCGAAAGGCGAUUUGGUCUUUCGCGUAAAAAUAUACUAACACUAUCUGGAUUCUCUAGUUUUCAUCUGUUUUAUUUUUCGUUGCGCGCGCGGCCACGCGUUCAUCUCGUUUCCACGAGUCUUUUAAAGCGGACCUCGUUUUCUGAUUGUGGAGGAUCAUUACCGAUCGUUUCAGCCACUGACCUUUCUAAUUAACACGCUCGCGUUGUAAAUUGCGAGUCGACUAUUUGCUUUUUUUCAUAGGAGAAAAUCCAUUCGGUGUAUCGCGCGUUGUUGCGCAAUCCUGUAAUUGUAUAUUUAACGAAAAGGGAAAAAAAUAUGUGCUUUAAUAAAAUACGAAUUAUCAUACUACAGUUGUUAA